CAAAGACUACCGAGUAGCAGUUCACCUUACGAGAUGUGAUUCAUCUCUUGAGCAUUUUACCUUAAGACGAGUAUUAGCUCCAGGGCCAGGCUUAGUGAAGAUUUGUAAAUCUUUCCCCCAAUCUGGCCAAAACUUUGAAAAUGGAAGUGGAAGGGAUUGGUGAUUUCUUCUAGAAUCUGGAUGGUUGUCAGCAACUUGAAGGUAUCAAAGCUGGGAGUCCCUUGAUUAAACCAUGGCUAUCAAGAUUGAUUUGCCUGGGUUAUGUUCCAUAAUGAUUGUCCUGUGUAUGACAUGUGUGUACAACUUGGAUGCUGGCGUGUUGCAUAGUGUAGAAAAACCUUGCAGCCAUACUGUAGGCCGCCUCCAUGAUGAUGUAUUCUACAAUGUCCGCUUGGAGCCUCACCACGAGAUCAAGAAAAGAAGUGCGGACCAGCCGCUCAGGAUUAAACCUUACUAUGACACCAGUAUUGAAGCUCUGCAUAAUGUACACCAAGACGUUGUCAAAGAAAUCGUUCAAAAAGCUGUUGAGUUUUGGGAGUCUGCCUUGAGGGUUCGACCAUCCAGGGUACCCAUCCGUCUGAGACGUAAAUGUAUGACCAACCAGCUCAAAUAUAAGGACAGGACAGCGUACUGCAUGUACGGUUGCCUCAACAAAACUGUGUGUGGGGACAUCACUAUACCUGAGGAACACCUUGAGGGCUGCAUCUAUUAUGAACCAGCAAACAACAGUUAUGUGCAAGCCCCCACACCACCAUCAUUUGGUGUGAGUGACACAGACUACAUUCUUUAUAUAGCCAGUAUCCCAUCCCGCAAGUGUAUAGAGGGUCAGACCAUUGCAUACGCUGCACAUUGUCAACAAGAGGAAGCUUUUGAUAGACCAGUGGCUGGAUAUUUCAGUAUUUGCCCAAACUCAAUUUCCAAGUCUCGUCAGAGCAAGCUGCAGCUUUUGUCCACCAUGAAACAUGAAAUUUUACAUGCUUUGGGUUUUACUGCUGGGCUGUAUGCUUUCUACCGUGACGCUGAUGGGGAACCUUUGACGAAGCGCAACAUACAGACUGGUCGGCCGUUAGAAUUUAAUGAAGAGUUGAACAUGUUCCAGUCAAGCCCCGCUGUCGUCAAGGAGAUUGUCAGGCCUGAGUGGCUUCUCAUUUCUGGGGUCACGGAGAAGCGGAUCCAGAUGAUGGUCACACCUAAGGUCAAGAAAGAGGUUCAGGACCAUUUCAACUGCCCAACACUGGAGGGGGCAGAGCUGGAGGAUCAGGGCAUUGAUGGCACGGUGCUCACCCACUGGGAGAAGAGGAUAUUUGAGAAUGAAGCAAUGACUGGCACCUACACACAGAAUUCUGUGAUAUCUAGGAUUACAUUGGCCAUGAUGGAGGAUACAGGCUGGUAUAUAGCGGAUUACUCUAAAGCUGGAGACUAUGAAUGGGGCCGAGGUUUGGGAUGUGAAUUUGUUCAAGAAAGUUGUUAUCAGUGGAUCAGCUCAAGGAUGGCAAGGAAAGAGAGUAUUCACCCUUUCUGUGACAAAGUGAAACGUGGGGAACUCUGGACUGACUGCACCUACAACAGGAAGUCUGUGGCCCUGUGUAACCUGGUGGAGUACAGUCAGCCACUGCCAGCAAAGUAUCAGUAUUUUGAUGAGCUGACGGGUGUGGAUAAAAAAGAUAUCAGCAGGUUUGCUGGUUCAGUGGCUCUGGCUGAUUACUGCCCUUACUUGCAGGAAUUCAGCUGGACAGAUGAGCGUAACAUACCUGUCAGGGGCUCUAACUGCCAGGAUUCAGAGAACAGUUUAGAAAUUGCAAGCAAUUAUUUUGGUGAGACGUAUGGGUCGGAGAGUUUGUGUUUUGAACAUUCAGCCAAGUGGUACCUGUGCUAUUUUGCGUCUUUGAGAAUUCCUCAACAUGCAGGCAGUGGUUGCUAUAAGUACUCCUGCCUAGCUGGCGUAGGUAUUGUCAUCAGCCUAGAGAACAAAACCUACCGCUGCUACAGAGAGAAGCAAGUAAUUCCUGUCUCCUUCAGAUCAGCUGACUUCAUACACCAGGGGAGUCUUGUCUGUCCAAACUGUAAUCAGAUCUGCAAGGAGCAAGGGAUCACGUGCCCCCCUGAUGUUGACCCCCCACUGGCUGACCAGCAGCCACAUUUUGGCAGUGUUAUAUGUUCAGCCAGCAGCGUCCAUGUCCAGAGUGUCCCCCUCAUAGUUCUGAUGGUCUUCUCUAUAUCCAGGUAGUUUUAGACAAACCUUGCUGCAACGGUCUGAUCUAGAUUGGUAUGACUUAUUUUAAUGUUAUACACCCCUUGACUUCUCCAAAAAAUAUUAUGAAAA